AUGGAGGAUCAUGCGCUUCUGCCUGGCCAAAGGUUUUGCCCCAUGGAGGACGAGCUUCUCUUGUACUACCUCAAGCCCAAGGUGGAAGGGAAGGAAGUACCCGGCAAAGAAUCCCUUGUUUGCGAGUUGGAUCUUUAUGGCGAUCAAGAACCAUGGAUGAUAUGGGAAAGGUUCGAAGCAAGAAGGGCGAAUGACUUGAGGAAGUACAAAGAUCUGUACUUCUUUACCCAGAAGAAGAAGGCGAGUGCAAAAGGCUCGCGUGCAUGUCGGAAAGUUGGAAGUGGUACUUGGAAAGGCCAAAACGGAGCCAAGAACGUGUAUCUUCUUGAUGAGAAUCAGAUGCCAACCUCCACCCUUCUUGGUUUCAAGAAAACCUACACCUACCGGAACGAGGGAUCUGUGCAUCAUGGUCGCUGGAUCAUGUACGAGUUUGAACUCUUUGCCAAGAAACAAGUGAACAAGAACGACUAUGUUCUUUGUUUACUUAGGAAAAAUGAUGAACUCCCAGAAAAGAAGAGAAAAAGGGAACAAAAAGAGAAGAUAUUGGAGGACUGUGUUGACGAUGAAGAUGGAGAGAGUAAUCUGAAUAGCGAUCCCGCGUCGGUAGUUGAGGAGCCGCAAGAGAAGCGGCGACGUCGUGAUCUCCCUUGCUCAACCAAGCCGCAAGAUGAUAUUGUGGCAGCACCAUCGUUCGAGUGGGCCGACAUAGAACAAUGGUACAACCAAGCGUCCCCAUCAGAAGCUGAACAAGAAGCCGGACCAGCACCAUUAGAAGAUGAGCCACAUGUUGCUUUGCAAGGGAAUGAGGAUUUGGGAAUGCAACAACUCCCAACUGAAGAAAACUUGGGACAGAAUUUUCCUAAUAUGCCAACCUUUGGUGCUAAUGGAAUAGUAAUGAGUGGCCUUGACUCCCACAAUGAUGGAAAUAUGGAGCAGCAAAUGGGAGAUGAAUUUGAUCUCAUGACAGAAAGGGAUGUCAAUGACGUCUAUGGUGGGAAUUUGAGUGAACUUCUUGCUAGCGAAGGUUGGAGCGAGUCUUUCCUUGAAGAUCUACUGAAUGAUGAUCAACUGAAUAGCGUGGAAGUUGGCGACGGGAGUGAUGGCCUCUUAGAUUUUAGUUCCAUGGCAUUUUAG